AUGAAGCAGAUAGCACUUGGAUACAUCUUCCCUGUUUUAAUCAUGAACUCAGGCUGUGUUCAAUCUGCAAUCCAACACUUAUUCUACGCCUGUAUAAUAUAUGGUGCAAGAAAAACGAUACUGAGACUGGAAGUAGCAGAAGACACACAUAUUGUGGUAGACAAAUACGAAAACAAGAUGAUGUGUGAGCCACUGUCAUUCACGUACAGAUGUGUAUGUGCACUCUAUAAGCUCAUAUACAGUUUAUUGGGGUUUCUAGGAAUGUGUACGAAAAUAAAGCAACAGGGUCCGCCAACAAUCAACAAGUUACCAGAGAUGAAUAUUGUGUUGGUUCAUGGCCUGAAUGGAUCAUCAGACAGCAAAUACGUCAUUGGAAUGGCAAACCUGUUUCUUAGGAAAAAUUGUAGGGUAUUUUGCAUCAAUUCACGUGGUGAAAAAGGUGUUUUCACUGGAAUGACAUUCACUCACUUUGGAUUCACAGAAGACAUUCUGUUUCUGACCAAGCACAUUUUGGAGACGUACGAAGGAAAGGUCUUCUUCGUUGGAUUCUCACAAGGUGGAAACAUGGUGACCAAAUUCAUGGCUGAAUUCAAGCACGAGAGAGUGCUAGGCGGCGUGAGUGUCUGCAACCCAUUCAACUUCACGAAACUGGAAGAAGUCCACAAGAAAGGAACGUGGAUAAACAGGGUCGUAGGAAGACGAGUCUGUGAUCAAUUCAGGGAUCACCUUGAAAAGGUGUACAGACAGAAAUUCAAUGGUAGGGAUUUUAGAGAAAUCAUCAAUCAGCUGAUUCAGGAGGGCUUUCUGAAAUACGGCUCAGUCGAAGAAUACCAGAAAGCAGCUUCGUCGGAAGACUGCAUCCAUCUGGUCGAUAAGCCACUCCUCUUCAUAAAUGCUGAUGAUGAUCCAGUUAUACCCAUUGAAGUGGUUCCAAAGGAGAAAAUAUUCAAAAACAGAAACACGGGGCUAAUCACGUUGCAAGGGGGACACCUUGGAUUCAGGUCGUUCUUCCUGACCAGCACAAUUGAGGGACUCAUUGAUGACUUCUACAGAAAUCUAGAAAAGUAA